GUGUGCUGCGUGUGUGUGUUUAUUUUUUAACGUUUUUGUUGUUUGCUGCAGUACUCGGAAAUUUAUCAACAAAUACGAAAAAAAGUUAUUUAUAUGCAGACAAACACACAGUCAACAGAAAAAAACACACUUAUACAUAGAACUUGGUUUUUUUGUAUAUGAAUUACGUUGAAUUAGUUUGCGCGUUAAUAACAAAACAAUAGUUAACCAAACAGUGUAGUAAUAAUAACAUUAUUUCGCCGAUCGGGAGUUCAAGUGACAUCAUAAAAAUACAAAAAAAAAUAUAGCAGCAAAGUGACGGAAACUAUUGUUGCCCAUUUUGCCAUUCACCGUUUACCGUGUGUGUGUUGUGUCGUGGCCAAAAAUAAAUGCAAAAACAAAACAAAAAUACAAUAUUCAGAAAAGCAAAAUAAGAAUUGUACUCCAAAGAACUACUAGAAGAAGAGGAAGAAGAAGAAGAAGCAGCGGCAGCAGCAACAGCAACAACAUGUGUCCAAUGAACUGAUGAUGAUGUGAUGAUCAUGUUGUUGAUAGUGAAAAUAAGCAAAAGAACAAAGUAAUCAACAAAUCAAAAAAGCAAAAAAAAAAGACUGUGAAAUCAAAAGCAACAAGCUAAAGUCGAACAAGAAAGAAGAAGAAACUACGCGAAGAGGAAAAGUAACUAGCACAAUGUCCACGAUCAGCGAAAAUGAGGCAGCUUCAACCGAGGGCGAGAGCACAGAGAGUACUCUGCAGCAGCUGAAGGCCAAAAAGAACAAAUCCAAUUUGUUUCUCAUCAAAUCGUACAGCUUCAUUGACAAAACCAACACCAUCAAUAACAAUAAUAAUAACAAUAACAUCAACAAUAAUAAUAAUAGUAGUAAACAUAAUAAUAAUAAUAUUAGUAGAGCAUGUGCCAAGCUGACAACAGCUGAGCUGCUGUCGCCCGACUUGGAUCCCUUUGUCGAUAUUUCAUCCCUGGUUCUCUCGCAACCCGAUGCCGACAAAAAGCAAUCGCGUCUCAAGAAGCCCAAGAAACAAAAGCCGCCCAAGACAAAGACAAAGUCAAAGGCAAAGACAACAAAGCAACCGCAGCAGCAACACGAAGUGGAUGAAGAACUGGAGAUCAGUGAACAGGAAGCGAUGCUCUUGCGUCGCAAUGCGCCCCAUGAAUACGAGGAGUUAUUGCAGCAUCUGCCCAACGCCAACGGUGGCUCAUUGCCACGCCCCCAAUCGCUGCCAGCCAAAGUCCACUUGGAGGCGGCGUCCAGCGUUCUGAUCGCUCCUCGAGCCCCAACGCCAGCCAAGCGUCUGAGCAACAACAACAACAACAUCAAGCGCGAAUCGUUUUUGCGCCAGAGUCUGCAGUCGAUACGUCGCAGCUUUGGCUCCAACAAACACUCGUCGAAGCUAGCGAUGAUCGCCGCCUCAACGGCAUCAUCGCCAACAGCAUCGCCGCUGCCUUCGCCAUCGCCAAAGUCGCGUGUCUUCUCGAAUGGUUCGACAACGUCUUCGGCUUCCACCACAUCGUCGACGACGUCGUCGUGCUCCUCGUCGGCGGCCAUCAGUCUGCUGAUGAAGGCGCAGGCUCACAAUCACAUUCUCGACGAGUUCCUGCCCACACCUGUUGUUCUGCUGCUCAACGAUCAUUCCCAGGAUGUUGGCGAUGCGGGACGCCUUUCCAAUAGAUCGACGAGCAGCGUGGUUCAUACAGUCGCCAAUGGUGGCAACAGUGUCACCGAUGAGCGUGCAUCGACUUCCAUGGCACCACUGCAGUUGCCCUCAAAAGGAGCAGCAGCAGCCAACGCAAACGCAAUCGCAACAGCCAAGAACAGCUCAGGAUCAAAUCCAACAACAACAACAACUGCAGCAACUCGAAGUGAACUAAGUGAGGAACAGCGACUACAAUUAAUACAGCAGCAACAACUUGAACUGCAGCAAAGGCGUCUGCAAUACAUACAGCAGCUCAGUCUGCCGGAAACAUUCGAUCCAGACGAUAGUUCCUUGCCUCAGAGCUACGCCAACUCAGGUGCGCCGCUGCAGCCGAGCGGUAGUGCCCACAGUCUUGGCAGCAGUCCCAAUCCCAGUCCGCGCAGCAAUCAGAGCAAAGCAGGCAACGGCGGAGGCGGCGGCUUAACAGCCGGCGGUAAAGGCCUCAGCACGGCGAAACAUGAUCAGCAAACGUCCGCGGCGGCAGCAGCAGCGAUCUCAUCCACAUCUGCCGCCGCUGGCACCUCCGGUCACCACCACUCCGUUGUGGUAGCGUCCACAGCAUCGGCAAGCGCAACAACGGGAGCGACAGCAGCAACUGCGACGCCUCCCGAGAAGGAGAAAAAGCGCAAGGAAGUCUCCAGUUCGCGUGUGAAGAAAUUCCAUCGACACUUCUCACAAGUCUCCAAGGAUGAGAAACUCAUUAACUAUUUUUCGUGUGCUCUUGUUGGCGACAUUCCGCUUCAAGGACAUCUCUAUAUAACGGAACAGCAUUUCGCUUUCUAUUCCAAUGUUUUCGGUUAUGUAACCAAGGUUGUAAUACCCACAUCGUCGGUGACGAAAAUCUCAAAGGAGAAAACAGCAAAGAUCAUACCAAAUGCAGUGGGCGUGGCAACCGCCGAUGAGCGUCACGUCUUCGGCAGCUUCAUCAGUCGCGAGGCCGCCUUCCGGCUGAUGUGCACCGUGUGCACUCAACUGGCGACAGGCAAUGAGAUACUCCCAAAACCGCUGCCCGUCGAUGUGGAGCUACCUGAAGAGUAUCUGCUCGAUGACGACAGCAGUUGCUCGAUCAGCGGCAACGAGAGUCCGCCACAUUUGCGCUCAGCAGCCGCAGCGGCGGCGGCAGCAGCAACCGAACAACAAGAGAUGCAGCUGAGGCAGCGCAACAUCGCCGACCGACAUUCCGAUCUCCCGGGCAAGAGCACGCUGGGCGUGGCCAAUGAGUUGGAUCAGGUGACCAUCCGCAGCUCGGCGCCGCCCAUCGUCCACUAUGAGGAGCAAACGCAGCAAACAUUUGUCGCCGCUGCUGCUGCUGUGCCACAACUCUCGACUUCCGCGCUUCCUUCCAACACAAUCACAGCAACAACAACAGCAGCGACACCCGUCAGAAUUUUAACUGCAAAUGCAACAGCAACAACAACAACAGCAUCAGCGAGCACAACGUCGUCGCUGCGUUCGCGUUUGAGUCGCAAGCUGCCAACGCUGACCGAGUUGCAUGUGCUCUAUUUGGGCAUCAUGUUGGCCAUUAUGCUGGCGCUAUUCUCCGUCUUUUUGCUCUAUCGCAUACUGGACAUUGAGGCCAAAACACAUCUCUACAACACACCAGUUGAUUUCAAUUUGCGCUCGGGCAACGAUGACGAUAUUUUUGCUGAUGCGCUGCGCUGGCAAAAGGAGCUGCAGGAUAAAAGCACAGCCGAAGCUCAGCACAUUUUAUCGAAGAAUCUGGAACAAAUAUCGAAGGUGCGUCGCAGCCUGGAGACGCUUUCGAUGCUCAUCCACGAUCGCCGAGCGGGCUACGUGCAACCGGAGACAGCGACCCAGAUGCAGAUGCAGAUGGAUCUGGAGGCAACGGAUGGAGGAAGUUCCACAAUUUCGUCCACCUCCUCCGCCAUUCCCAUUGACUGAUUUUGCUCCAUUUUUUCAUCUUUUUUUUGUGGUCAAUUCUCUAGUUGAAGAAACAAUUUUACAUAGUCAUAUAGUCAGGAUAAACGAUUAACGAUAAAACAAAAAGAAAAAAACAAACUGAAUUAUCUAAGGAAAGGUCGUCGCCUAUUGCGUGAUUAGUCUUAAGACUCCCAACUAAAAUAUGCAUCAAGCCUAAGUCUCUAUCUCUCUCUUAUUACGUACAUACGUAUAUAUAUAUUUAUAUAUUAGAUCUACAUAUACAUAUAUAUAAUCGAGGAAACGUUUGAUAAGUAGCGCCUGAGCCUGAUCCUGAUCCUGCUCCUCUAAUCCUGCUUUUGCUCCAAAUUUUCCGCGCAUUCUUUGAUUUAUACUUUGUUUUUGGGUUUCAUGAAAUAAUUGAAAUGAAAUUAAAGUUUUUCCCUCCCUUUUUUUUUCUUUUUCAUUUUAAUUUCAAUAACGAGCAACAACAAUUUCAUUUGUAUAAAUAAUAAUCCUGUGAUAUGCAUAUUUAAGUUUUAAUUUUUUUUCUGUUUUUUUUUUUCGCUAUAUU